UAAGUGGCUAUCCAACUUUUCCCUUUUCUGGAAGAAAGGGAAGAGUGGCUGGAAUGUCUUUGACUUUGUUGUUACCAUGUUGUCCCUGCUUCCCGAGGUUGUGGUAUUGGUAGGGGUAACAGGUCAGUCGGUGUGGCUUCAGCUUCUGAGGAUCUGCCGGGUGCUGAGGUCUCUCAAACUCCUUGCACAAUUCCGUCAAAUUCGAGUUAUUAUUUUGGUUCUGGUCAGGACCCUCAAGAGCAUGACCUUCCUCUUGAUGUUGCUGCUUAUCUUCGUCUACAUUUUUGUUGUGACUGGUGUCUACCUCUUCCCAGAGUAUACCCCUUCACCUCGUCAGGACCUGGAGUACCAUGUGUUCUUCUUGGACCUCCCGAAUUCCCUGGUAACAGUGUUCAUUCUCUUCACCUUGGAUCAUUGGUAUGCACUGCUUCAGGAUGUCUGGAAGGUGCGUGAAGUCAGUCACAUCUUCAGCAGCAUCUAUUUCAUCCUUUGGUUGUUGCUUGGCUCCGUUAUCUUUCAGAGUAUCAUAGUAGCCAUGAUGGUUACUAACUUUCAGAAUAUCAGGAAAGAGAUGAAUGAGGAGAUGGCACGUCAGGAGGUUCAGCUGAAAGCUGACAUGUUCAAGCGGCAGAUCAUCCAGAGGAGAAAAAACGUGUCACAGGAGGCACUGAGGUCAAGCCAUAGCAAAAUAGAUGACAGUUCAAGAGGAGCUGGUCAACAAAGGGAAAGUUUGGACUUAUCAGAAGUGUCUGAAGUAGAGUCUAAUUAUGGUGCCACUGAAGAGGAUUUAAAAACAUCUGCAUCAAAAACAGAAGAGACCUUGUCAAAAAAGAGAGAGUACCAGUCUUCCUCCUCUGUCUCUUCCACAUUCUCUUCCUAUUCUUCCUCUUCCGAAUCCAGAUUUUCUGAAUCUAUAGGUCAUUUGGACUGGGAGACUCUUGUGCAUGAAAAUCUGCCUGGGCUAAUGCAAAUGGAUCAGGAUGACCAUGUUUGGCCCAGAGACUCACUCUUCUGACAUUUUAAGUUGCUAGAAAAUCUUCAGUAUAACCUAGAGGAGCGUAAGAAGUUACAAGAGUUUGCAGGUAUGGAGUUAAAGGUAUCAUGGGGACCAUGGGAAUAUAUAUAUAGCAUUUAUAACUGUGGAGGAGGAGGAGGGUGUCCACUAUUCUGGCAUCCCAGCUUCUAA